UCCCCAGGCUUCAUCAUCCUUGCUCACUCUCGUCCUUUAAAAGUGGUUGAAUCCCCCCUCCCCGGCAGUUUCAACCUCAAGCAUCAACCGGCAGGACCAUCUCGACAUUGUAGGAAUCUAAUAUCGAGCCGUCAGUCAUCAAUCCACCUCGUAUCACGAGCUUCACCCAUAUACACCAUCCAAGAUGUCGACUUCAGUAAACAUCAACGGUGUUGAGUUCCAGCCCAGGCUUCUCAUCAACGGCGAGUUCGUCGAAGCCUCCGACAAGGGUACCUUCAACGUGUUUAACCCGGCCACCGGCGAGAUCUCGUGUAAGGUCCCUGAGGCCACCGAAGACGAUACCAACCGUGCUGUUGCUGCGGCAAAAGCAGCACAACCCGCAUGGGCUGCCCUCGACCCUACCAAGCGCGGUGCCUACCUCAAGAAGCUCGCCGCCUUGAUCCGUGAGCACAAGUCGACCCUCCACCACCUCGAGGCCAUCUCCAUGGGCGUGCCCGUCAACCACUUCUUCCACGCUGACUUCGGCGCCGAUGAAUUCGACUACUUUGCCCAAGCAUGGCCGCACAUCCAGGGCCAGUCCAGCGUCAACACGCCCGGCUACGUGACCAUGACGUUCCGCCAGCCCUUUGGCGUCGUUGCCUGCAUCAUCCCCUGGAACGCGCCCCUGUACUUAUUCGCUGCCAAGGCCGCUGCCGCUUUGAUCACGGGUAACACUGUGGUCCUCAAGUCCUCCGAGAAGGCUCCCCUCGCCGUCGCCUAUGCCGCGGAGCUUGUCGCCAGGGCCGGUUUCCCACCUGGCGUCUUCAACAUCCUCUCCGGCCACGGCCUUCCCUCCGGCCGCUGCCUUGCCCGCCACAUGGACGUGCGCGCCAUUUCCUUCACUGGCUCUAGCCGCACCGGCAAGUUGAUCCAGGAAGAAGCGGCCAAAACCAACCUUAAGAGCGUUACGCUCGAACUAGGCGGCAAGUCCCCUGCCAUCAUUUUUGACGACGCCAACAUCGAGCAGGCGCUCACCGAUACCAUGUCGAGCAUCCUUCUCAACGCGGGCCAGAUCUGCGUCGCCAACUCGCGCGUGUACGUCCAAAAGAGCGUAGCGCCCAAGUUCAUCGAAGCCUUCACGAAGCGCAUAGCCACUAUUCACGGCGGUAACCCGCUAGACCCGCAAACGCAGAUGGGUCCUCAAGCGGACGAGGUCCAGUACAAGAACAUCUUGUCCUACAUUGAAGAAGGCAAGAAGAGCGGCAAGUUGGCCGUUGGUGGCAAGGGCAGGCUGGACGAGACGAAGGGGUACUUUGUGGAGCCGACGGUGUUCCUUGAUACGCCGGAGGACGCCAAGAUCAUGAAGGAGGAGAUCUUUGGGCCAGUGUUGAAUAUCAACACGUUUGAGACGGAGGAGGAGGUGGUGGCCAAGGCGAACGAUACCGAGUAUGGAUUGUGGGCGGCCGUGUUUACCAAUAAUCUUAGUAGGGCGAUGAGGAUGGCCAAGGCGCUGGAGAGUGGCUAUGUCAGUAUUAACUGCUCGAGUCCGUCGAUGGGGAGGGAUUUGCCGUUUGGGGGGUAUAAGGGGAGUGGGCAGGGGCGGGAGGGGAGGUUGCACAGCAUGAAUCACUUUUUGGAGGUUAAGAGUGUUAUUAUCAAGCUGGAUGAAAAGGCUUCCUCACAGUGGAAUAUGUAGAGGGAGAGAUUGGUGGUGAUGAUGGAGAUACCAACGCGGAGGAAAAUAAAACGGAAUAUUUAAUCGGAUGUGUUUUGAAAUGGUAAUGUGAAUAAGUGUUCUUGCGCUAUCAGAUCCCACCCAUUCUGCCGUGAUUCCAGCACCUUUCCUGUUAAGUGACUAACUGGACACCACCCGCUUCACCUCUUCCGCAUGCACCAGCUCGUCGCCCUUCUUCUCCCAAUUGACACUGUUCUUGUCCCACUCGUUUGCAACACCACCACCACCACCACGACCAACACACACAGACUUGCGAAACUUCC